AUGACGUCAUCACCGGUCGUAGACCUGCGCGACUACCGGUCGUUCUGUUUCCGGGGCGAGGGCCAGGCAAACCUUGUCAUCAGUGCCAAACACGCCGCCACGGGCUCGAGGUAGGAAACUUUUUAGGGGGUGGGAAACUUUCUAAAAAAAAACGCUAGACCCUGCUUAUUUUGAGAAAGAAGCCUCAGUCUUAUCUUUGAGUUAUAUUCAUUAAAGUCUUCAUUGAAAAAUCUAAAAAUACAAAAUAAAUAAGAUAUUUUAUAGCUUUUCUAAAUUUUAAUUUCUUUUUUUCAGAAAGCUAGAUAUUUUCCAAAACAUUGAAAAACAUAGCAUUCGAACUUUUUUAUUCUAAUUGAUGUUUGGUCUUUAUCGAAAAACUUCAUGUCACGCUCUCAAACAUUUUUCCAAUUUUUUUUAUCUUUCCAUGCUUAUCAUGUUUUUCGAAAUAAACUCGAGCGAUAAUGCUCUCAUCGAACAGACAAACUUAACCAAAAAUAUUUACAAAACCUUGAAAUUGGAGUCAUCUUCCUUGAAGAAAAAAAAAAUGGGCUUUUUCGAAGAAUCGUCACCAAGAAAAUAUUUCAUUUAACUAGGGAACUACUCGGACUCGGGUACGCGGAUCGAGUUCAAACUUUAGUUGUUUAUAGACCUAAGUAAGAAUACUUGAAAACAAGAGAGAAUAUCUGCUAAACCCAAUAGAAAGCUGAGAAAAAAUUAGUAGAAAAUGUGAAAAUUAGGCCUGAAAAUUUUCAAAACACUGCUUUUUACCUUAUUUUAUAUUUAAAUACAUUCGCCUUGAAUGAUUCGGCUAUGAUAAACUCUAAAAAACUUUUUUCCAGCCAAAAUAAGGAGGAAAGCAACAAUUUGAUAAUUUUCAAGACUAAACUGUUCAUUUUCAAAAAGCUUUUUCUCAGAAGCCUAUGGGGUUUAGCAGAUAUUCUUUCUUGUUUUCAAGUACUCUUACCCGGGUCUAUAAGCCAUCAAAGUUUCAACUCGAAAUGCGUACCCGAGUCCGAGUAGUUCCCUAGUAAGUACGGGAUUUUAUGUAUAUAUCUAGGUACUCAUGCUGACAUAAAAACGGUUUUGAAAUUUUUUUUUUCUUUUUUUUCUCACGCUACUUUAACUUCCUUUUUUCAUGAACCUUUUCUUUAAAUCUUGUAUCAUUGUGUUAAAAUUAAAAUUGGCCAAGAAUGAACUAUUAUUAUAACCCAGCUGCAGAAAGUUUGGGAAAAAUUGAGCUUUUUUCAAGGCAUUUUUGAAAUCUUAUCUUUUCUGACGCUACUGUACGUUUCAUUAUCACCAAUGUUUGAAAAAGUUCAGUUGUACAGUCCGUUUUUUUUGUGACUUUAAAGGGCGGGACCUCUCUGCACCCUCCUCGUCUCUCGACGUCCCUCUCACGUUUACGUGCUGUUUCCAUGUUUCUCUGACCUCGCUAGUGAGGGAACAGAGAGACGCAGACACGCGAAAACUGUCGCGGCGGAUUUACAAACAAUUUUUCAGAAUAGUAUGGCGGUUCGCCAAGUCGAGAAAAGAGCGGGUUCAUCACGGUGAAGGCGAAGAGCGAACGGGUCAACAAGUACAUGGAGCGGAUAAUCACGCCGUUCAUCGAGCCCCAGUUCCGAGUGAAUCCUCACAUUGUCGAGCUCAAGAUCCGUGAUGUUCACCAUCUGGCAAAGGUAAUCACGGGAAGGCAAAAAAGAAAAAAAUAGGACGGUAGCAUACGUGGGCUAACAGGCUGUUUUUCACUUUCGGGCCACCCUAUUCAUUCAGAUGGCUUUCUAAGCCGCGGAAAAUGCAUCCAUAUUAUUUAUCGAGCUUUUCAAAGUACAUUUAGUAGGAAUUUCGUUGCCUAUCUUUUUGCCGAGCUCCGAACGGUAGAUAAAAUCGCGGGGAAUCGUAGAAAUAGCCUUAUAAAAAAUUCCAGAGCUGAUAAAUCGACCUGAAUUCUAGCUUAAAUGGUACCAAUGGAUGAUACAUACAUGCUCACCAAAUUUUAAGCCGUUUGGAAAAAUUAAAAAUAAUCAACUUCUGAACCCAUAAGAAAAUGAUUUCUGGAAAUCUACAAUUUUUUUGGCUCAAAAAUUACUAUCAACUUUGAGUUAACCCUGAAUAAGGUAUAUGCUUCAAGUUUCCAGGCUUCCGGACGUUUUUUUGACCAAGUUGGAGUGUUUCAAAGCGUUAUCACUUGACGGUUUGCGUACCCCCGUACUCCCCAAAAUCCGAAAAAAUCGAUCUGCCAAAAAAAUUCAAAUAUUCAAAAUAUUAAUUUCCGGUGACCCAAAAAAAUUAUUUUUUUCUUAAAACUCAUCCAAACGGCUUGAAACUUGGCCAGAUCAUAAAACUCACUUCAUAAUGUAGGAUAACAUUGAAAAACAGAUCGAUUUUUCGGAUUUUUGGGGGUCUACGCUAAAAGUUGAAAUAUUUCUGUUUUGGAGUAUUGACACCUAGCUGAAUAUACUUCCAAAAGCCCGCGAAACAAGAUAAUAGUCUCAUUCAAUUUUUAUAUUAACUUUAAUAAUCAUUUCACAUUGAUAGUUUUCCGCGGGGGGGUACGUACUUUUUCGAGGGGAGUACGUACUUUUUCAAGGGGGGUACGUGAUGACGUCACAAAAAGUAGUUGGUUAGCCCAUGUAUGGACGGUAGGGAAAAAUUUUGGGUCCGCGAAUAUUCGUAAGCGUGAAUUGUGCAUACACCAAUGUUGGAGGCUUACCGAAAAGGAAAAUGACCGUUCAAUUUUCUUAACAGCCUCUUUUUUCCCACAGGUCCCAUCUCUACCAGCCGACGAGAAGGUCGAAACGUUCGACGAGCUGGUCCAGCUGCCCGACGAACUGUCCUUCCUGCCCUUCUCGGCGAUCCCUAAAGGGACAAAACGACUCGGAUGCCUCCAAAUGCUCGACGCCACCAGCAUUCCCAACACUGUGCUGACCAAGACGGAAAAUACCAUCACCGUAAGGGAUUCUGUUGGUCAAAUGUGCUCUGUUGAUAAUGAUAAAAUACUGGGAAAAUUUUUAGUAGCCACUUUAGAGGCUCGCCGAAGUCUACCUGGAGAGGACACUAAAGUGGCCACUGAACCCACCUCAAUAGUGGCCACUAUUCUCCGGUUUAGUGGCCACUUCAGUAGUUUUCCAUCCAGUAUUCUUUCCAGAACUCUGAUAAUUUAAAAAAAAAACAUAUUGGACCAGUUAUGUUGAUCAAUUGACCCCUAAAGUGGCCACUAAAAAUUUUUUUGAGGGGUCUAGUAGUAACCCUUAGAGCUCUAGAAUGGCCACUAAUUUUCAAGCCCUUAAGUGGCCACUAAAAAUUUUCCCAAUAAGGACCUUUUGAGGAGGUUCUCCCUGAAAAUAGAGAUUCAUUUUGAAAAUUCGCAAAAAAGAAUUUCAGAUCGAGGUCAAGCCGAAGCAAGGAUUCUUCCAAAACCAUCCGAAUUUCAAUGUCCCCUAUUGUAACAACUGUAUCUUGCAGGUUUCAGUACAAAUCCCCCAAUUAACUUAAAAAGGACUUAAGAUCGAAAAAUGCGGUUCCGGACGGUUCAGUGAGAUGUACGAUUUUUGCCCUUUGGAUUUGUACUCUGGUAACUACGGACGAAUGCGACACUCUCUCGAGUCCCUUUUUCGAGAUCCUCACAGGAAUCUGAGGGUGUUCGUCAAUGGAUACUUGGUCAGGAGUUGGAAAAAAAACGUAAAAAAAACGUCGAUUAAACUUCAAUCAAAAACUGUACUGUUUUCGCAUUGGAGCGCAUUUGACGUUGUUCAAAUAAUUCAAAAUUUCAAUUUAGUCUUUUUCUUGGACCUUGGUAACGCAUACCGGACGCGGUACGGACGUUUCUGAGCACUUUAGCGGCGUCCUCUCUGAGUGAUUAGUGAUUACUUUAGGGGUGUCACCGCUCUCAAGUGAUUACCAGGCUUGUGCUUUGGGCCUUAUUUUCAGAAAAGCCCGGGUGGGCUCGGGCCAAGCCGGGCUUCAAAAACAAUUUUCACCGAAAUGUGACUUUUACUUUGAAAUCAUAGUUUUUGUUAAACUUCAAUAGAAAAAAUGAGCAAAAACGUAAUUUUUGUCGUAAAAAAACUUGAUAUCCGACUAAAAAAAAUUGCGCGAUUCGGGCCGGGCGGGCCAUUUUUUCUUGAGGCCCGCUAAGGCCGGGCUUACGAAAUGGUCGGGGGGCCGGGAGGAUGACGGGCCGGGAGGAUGACGGGCCGGCCCUCGCACAAGCCUGGUGAUUACUACAAAUGUUCAGAAAUGUCCGGAGCGCGUUCGGUUUGCGUUAACAUAGUCCGAGUCAUUCUUCUUUGCGGGAAACGGAGAACCAGAAGCAAAAAAAAGCACAAGCAAAAUUCCACCCAUCCCUGCUGAAUAAGUGUUGUAUUUCUCAAUAUUUUUCUAUAGACACUCUUGAAAAUUUUUGAGAUCUCUAAUAUUUCAAUUCAAUAUUUCUAUUUUUGUGAAUGUUUGAGCGAAAUUGAAGGAGUAAAUCUCAAAAAAGGAAGAAAAGAUGCAAUUUUUAGGUCCAUUGCGACAAGAAAACGGUGGAACAGAGCGACUUCGACGAGACUUUUUUUCCUGACAGGCGAGCCAAACUCGACGAUCUUUACCAUGCGGUUUGUGUUCAAGCUCAGAUUUCGUCUUUCAGAAAAUCAUAUUUGUCUAUAGAGCGCAAUUGUUAAAUGCUUGAAUUUUUUUAAGGUGUUUUUUUCUUAUUUUUUUCUUUUGUAAAUAUUGAAUAUGUCCUCAGAUUUUUGAAAGUUUUGAUUGUCUGAAAUUUUUUGAACGGAAAGAAAAAUAUUCGAUUUAGUAAUUUUUUGUGAAGCAUAAUUUGAACGAUUCGAAUAACAUCAUUUUUUAUUAUUGACGUCUUCUUAUUUUUUUAAUAAUCACUAUGUUCCAGUUAUGCUUGGUUUUAUCGGGAAGCGACGAAAAUUCGCCAUUCCAACUUCACGACUCCUCGGUUUUGGGCCAAAUUUUGACGGCCCAGAAAAUCGACUCAAUCGGUUUGGGCCGGGCUUUCAGCCUGUACAAUGCCUUGCCUGGAAAUGUCAAGGUGUUUUUGCGAUUUCAUUCCAAAAAAAUCGAAAAUCUAGGCUGAAAUCCUGGACAAGACGCGAUUGGCUCGAAAAGGUCUCGACGCGAUCCUGAGUCCUGCCAAAAAUGACGCCCAGAACUUGAUCGAACGGUACCUCGUCUCGGCAACAAUGAAGGAUUGCUCGGUUUUUUUUUCGUUUUGUCACUUGAUUUUUAAAGCUUUUCUGUGUGGUUUUUUGCCCUCAUAAGUGUUUCUGGUGUCAAAUAUUGCUCAAAAACGUGAAAAAGUUGAAAAUUUACAUCAUUUAUUAAGGUGAAAAUGUCGUUGAAAUCAAUAUAAAUCAUAUUUUCUGAGUUUUCUCGUAUUCAUCAAAAAUUUCCAAAAAUAACCCAUAAAAAUGGAAUUCAAGCAGAGCUGACGCCCCGGGAUAACCCUGACCCGUCAAAAUGAAAAUAAGGAAAAAUUCAGAAAAUAGAGGAAAUAUUUAGGAAAAUUGCUCUACUGACAAUGUCACCGCCUCGUUUGAAUUCCAACUUUGCGAAAUUAAAUCGCCAGAGUGGUCCCUGAAGGGACAAUCCUAGGGGUCCUUGAAGGGCCCUCUCUAGAAACCACUUUACCUCUUCCUAUAGGGGGCACUAGCUUGAACUCUAUUAGAGUGGUCCCUAUACCUUUUUUGAUACUUUUAUUCACCUUUGAACUUGAAAAAAAAUUCAAAGACCACUAAAGGGACCACUUCAUCUUUUAAGGUUAGGUAUCCUAGACCACCCGCAUUUAGCCCUCUAGGGAGCACUAUUUUGUCCUCUGUAGAGCCUGUUUUACUUCUAACCCCUUUAGGGACCACUUCAGCGUUCCUAAGCACAUUUCUGCGCAUUGAUUGAUUUUUUUUCUAGAUAAUGGUCUCUUUGAAACUGGUAUCGCCAAGCUCCGGCGAGUACCCGUCGGACGUUGUCACCCUGGCCAAUGGUGGGUUUUUGGGAAAAAAAAGAAAAAUUAGAUUUUUCGCAAUUUUUUUCAUGCUUGAUCGUCGGGACUUGUUCCAUACUCAUGAAUUUUUCGAAAGUGGAUUUUUGAAAAUUUUCUUGAGAUUUUCUAAAAUUAUGCUGACUUUUUCUUAGAAAAGUGUGGUUAUAAUAAGAGAAACAGUAGUUAGAAAAGAUUUUUUGUGAUCCGAGUCAUCGACUUUUUUAUUUUUUCAUUAUUCACAUCAUUUCCAGGCACCCGAUUUGCCUACUCGAUAAAAAUCGUCGAUUUGGACCCGAAGACACCGAAACACAUCCAAAACGCCUACACUCGACUAUCGGCUGGUCUGAAAAUCCUGCGGAUCGGAAUCGAACAAGGCGUCCGAAGAAAACCCUGCGUCCCUCCGGAAUCUGUUGAAAAUGUCUGA